UCACAUUUAUGAACGUCACCAUGAGGUCUUUGUAUGUGUGUGCCGUGUUUUUGUCUUCUUUAUCGUGCUCAUUUGGAGCAACUAUUUUAGAAUAUUUACAGAGCAAACCAGCCAAUUUUACAUAUGCCGUCCAAGCUAUUAAAAUUGCAAAUUUGACGAAUGAACUUCAAUCAGGAGGACCAUUUACGGCAUUUAUACCAACUGAUGCUGCCUUCCAGAAAAUUCCAGCACCAAUUUUACAACAACUUUUAAAUGAUCAAACUGCAAUCAGAAGUUUGUUGCUUAAACAUGUGACAAAUGGAGCACUCAUUUCACCAUUCAUCAAAAGCGGAGACAAAGAAGUAUCCCUUGGCGGUACUAACUUAACUUUGACCAAAAAUGGCGCUGGUGCUGUAUCCGUGAAUGGGGUAAAAGUUAUCCUUCCUGACGUCAUCGUAUCCAAUGGUGUUGUACAAGGAAUUGAUUUCGUCUUCAAUGUGCCCGCUGCUAGCGUCAAUAUGGUUGAGUAUCUUUUAAAAAAUCAAGACCAAUUCAAAGACCUCACUGCAGCAUUAACACUUGGUGGUUUACUGUCAACACUAGAGGGUCCAGGACCUUUCACGUUGUUUGCACCAACGGACGCAGCGUUCACAACUUUGUCAACCUCACUACAAAGUCUAGCCUCAGACAUGAAUCUUUUUAAAAAUAUCUUAAAAUAUCAUGUCGUCAGUGGGUCUACAUACGCUGCAGAUCUUAAGGAUGGACAAAAAGUAACAACUCUGGCCGGAAGUGCUUUUACAGUUAUGAAAGCGGGCACAUCCGUCACUAUUGACCACGCCCACGUUACACAGCCAGACAUUCCCGUUCUCAAUGGUGUUAUACAUGUUAUUGACGGCGUACUUGUUCCAAGCACAUUUUGAUAUUAAAAUAUGUUAUAUAAUAUUUCUAA